UUUGUGUCGGCUUUACCGACCCGACCCGACCCGACGACCCACUAGGUGAAUUUUAAUAAUGGAACUUGAGUAGUGACCAUCACUCUUCAAUUUCUGCAAGAACACUAGAAAGCUAAAACUAAGAAAAAGCUCAGAACAUUGCGUCACACACCAAAUUGAAAGAAACCUGAAAAUGGAUCAAUCUCAGAAUCAGAGAACAGUUGCAUCAACAACAACAUCAUCGCGUUCUUUUCAAUUCCACCCCGCUCGAGUACCAAUUCUCGAUCUCUUCAACCUCUACUUAGGACUUGGAAGAAACAGUCGUAACAAAUCCGAUGACCCGCUCCGUGAACCACCGAACAAAACGCAAAAACGCGUGCACGCCAUUAACAGAGAGGUUCCACCGCCGAAUGAGCAAUUCAUUAUAGAUUUUGAGCAACUUCAGACUCAGUUUCCUGACCAUGAGCAAUUGCGUUCUGUGACAGAAGCUAUUCUUAUAUCACUGGUUGUACAGUGUAGUGGUCAUGGACCGCGAUCAGACUUUCUUCUUUUUGUUUUGCGGAGCUUGUGUGGUAUUGGGUGCAUUAACUGGGACACCUUUCUUCCGUCCCUUCUUUCUUCAGUUUCUUCGGCUGAAUUACCGGUUGGUCAAAUGAGUCAAGCGGUGUCAACAGUUACCUCUUCUAGCUUAUCACAGUCGGGAAUGCUGCCUCCUCCAAACACAAUUGCUAAUUCUUCUAAUUUCCAAUCUUCAAAUCCUGCAUCUCCAUUGACUUCUGUUCAUACUAUUGGGUCCCCUGCACAGUCAUCUAUUGAGCCGCUGUCUUGUGCAGCUUUAUCUCCAGUAAAAUCAUCUGAUAUUUCCUCCAAUGGACAACAAUCUAAACUAAGAGGUAGCCCAUCUGUCAGAAAUAAUGAUAUUAGUAACAGUAGCCUUCGCCAGCUAUGUUGCAAGAUUAUUUUAACUGGUCUUGAGUUCAGUUUAAAACCUGUGACGUAUGCUGAAAUCUUUCACCAUAUGCUGAAUUGGCUGGUGAAUUGGGACCAGAGACAACAGGGAGUUGAUGAAUCUGAUAUUCUAAAAUCAUGGAGAUCUGGCAGAGCCGUAAUUGCAUGGCUACAUAGUUGCUUGGAUGUGAUCUGGCUUUUAGUUGACGAGGGAAAAUGUCGAGUCCCCUUUUAUGAAUUAUUACGUAGUGAUUUGCAAUUCAUAGAGAAUAUACCUGAUGAUGAAGCAUUAUUUACACUUAUCUUGGAGAUCCACAGGAGACGAGAUAUGAUGGCUAUGCACAUGCAAAUGUUAGACCAGCAUCUUCAUUGCCCUACAUUUGGCACUCAGCGGAUCCUGAAUCAGACAACACCUACAAUUUCAGAAAGUGCACAUCUGCGACUAGCAGCGAUCUCAUAUUUAAGUGUACUUGGAGAACCAUUGCACGGAGAGGAAACUGCAAUAUCUGUUCAGAAGGGAAGUUUGGACUGGGAGAGAGCCGUCCGUUGCAUCAGACAUGCUCUCCGUUCUGCACCUUCACCUGAUUGGUGGAGACGGGUACUGGUACUGGCUCCUUGCUACAGGCUUUUAUCUCAGGGGACUACCGCUGGUGCUGUUUUUUCUUCAGAGAUGAUCUGUGAGGCAACUAUUGAUAGAAUCGUCGAACUAUUGAAAUUAACAAAUUCAGAGAUAAAUUGCUGGCAGGACUGGCUUGUCUUCUCUGAUAUUUUCUAUUUUCUUACGAAAAGUGGGUGCAUUGAUUUUGUUGAUUUUGUGGACAAGCUGGUGUCACGUCUUACAGAGGGUGAUCAUCAUAUACUUAAGACCAAUCACGUGACUUGGCUGCUUGCACAGAUAAUUCGAAUUGAGCUGGUCAUGAAUGCUUUGAAUUCAGAUUCUAGAAAGGUGGAGACAACUAGAAAGGUUUUAUCAUUUCAUCGAGAAGACAGAAGUUCGGAUCCUAAUAGUCCUCAAAGUAUCUUGCUUGAUUUUGUAAGCAGUUGUCAAAAUUUACGUAUAUGGUCACUGAACACAUCAACCAGAGAAUACCUGAAUAACGAACAGCUUCAAAAAGGAAAGCAAAUCGAUGAAUGGUGGAGACAAGCUAGCAAAGGAGACCGAAUGAUGGAUUAUAUGAAUAUGGAUGAACGCUCAGUAGGGAUGUUUUGGGUUGUGACCUACACAAUGGCACAACCUGCUUGUGAAACAGUAAUGAAUUGGUUAACUUCUGCUGGAGUUAUUGACUUGCUACCAGCAACAAAUCUACAACCAGCGGAGAGAUUAGUGGCUACACGAGAAGUGAGCCCAUUGCCCAUGUCAUUGUUAUCUGGGUUUUCACUGAACUUAUGUUUGAAGCUGUCUUAUCAAAUGGAAGAUUCUCUGUUUUCUGGGCAGGUUGUACCCAGCAUUGCAAUGGUUGAAACUUAUACUAGAUUGCUGCUUAUUGCGCCUCAUUCACUAUUUCGUUCGCAUUUCAAUCAUUUGGUGCAAAAAAGUCCUUCUAUGUUGAGCAAGCCUGGUGUAACACUUUUGUUGCUUGAGAUAUUGAACUACCGACUACUUCCACUUUACAGGUAUCAGGGAAAAAGCAAAACCUUGAUGUAUGACGUUACAAAGAUAAUUUCUGCUCUAAGAGUAAAACGAGGAGAUCAUCGAGUAUUUAGAUUAGCUGAAAAUCUGUGCCUGAAUCUUAUAUUCUCAUUGAGAGAUUUCUUCUUGGUUAAAAGGGAAGGAAAGGGCCCAACGGAAUUUACUGAAACUUUGAACCGAGUGACGGUUAUUACACUUGCUAUACUUAUCAAGACUCGUGGGAUUACAGAUGCUGAUCACCUGCUUUAUCUCCAAAACAUGUUGGAACAAAUAAUGGCAACCAGCCUACAUACAUGGUCAGAAAAAACACUGCGACACUUCCCGUCUGUUUUGCGUGAAGCAUUGAGUGGUCGACAAGAUAAAAGGAGCCUUGCAAUCCAAGCAUGGCAGCAGGCAGAAACAACUGUUAUACACCAGUGCACCCAGCUUCUUUCACCUUCGGCAGAUCCUAGUUAUGUUAAUACCUAUAUCAACCAUAGUUUCCCUCAGCAUAGACAGUAUUUGUGUGCUGGUGCAUUGAUAUUAAUGCACGGGCAUGCGGAAAACAUUAACAGUGGAAACCUGGGACGCGUGCUGCGGGAAUUUUCUCCAGAAGAAGUGACAUCUAACAUUUACACAAUGGUUGAUGUUAUGCUUCAUCAUAUGCAAAUAGAGCUUCAACAAGGACACUUGAUACAGGACCUUAUGUUAAAAGCCUGUGCAAGCCUUGCCUUUUUUGUUUGGACAAAUGAGUUACUUCCUUUGGAUAUCUUGCUUCUUGCACUUAUUGACCGAGAUGAUGAUCCACAUGCUUUGCGUAUUGUGAUUAGUUUGCUUGAUAUGCCAGACCUUCAGCAGAGAGUAAAACUCUUUUGUUUAACUCGUGGGCACCCUGAACAUUGGCUUUACACAGGAGUAUUCAAACGGGUUGAAUUACAAAAGGCUCUCGGAAAUCACCUUUCGUGGAAGGAUAGGUAUCCCGUGUUCUUUGAUGAUAUUGCAGCACGUUUGCUUCCAAUCAUCCCCUUAAUUAUUUACAGACUUAUUGAAAAUGAUGCAAUGGACACAGCAGAAAGACUACUGGCCCUAUAUUCUCCGUUUCUUGCUUAUUACCCUCUAAGAUUUACAUUUGUUCGUGAUAUACUGGCAUAUUUCUAUGGUCAUCUUCCUGGAAAGCUCAUUGUUCGAAUACUCUAUGUACUUGACUUCAGUAAGAUUCCCUUUUCAGAGUCAUUCCCACAGCAAAUGAGUUCGUCAAAUCCUGCCAUGUGCCCUCCUCUGGACUAUUUUACGACUCUAUUAUUGGGAAUAGUAAAUAAUGUAAUUCCUCCGUUACACAACAAUUCAAAAUCUGGAUGCAUAGGAGAUGCAUCAAACAGCACACUGCGAACUGCGCAGAACAAGCCACCAAUAGUAUCUCAGUCUGGACCAGCAAAUGUUUCUGAGGGCCAAAAGGCAUUCUACCAAAUUCAGGAUCCUGGCACAUAUACUCAGCUGGUUCUUGAGACCGCUGUCAUUGAAAUACUUUCCCUUCCUGUAUCUGCCUCUCAGAUAGUACAAUCACUUGUUCAAAUUGUUGUUAACAUACAACCAACAUUGAUCCAGUCCAGCAAUUCUCUCCACAGCUCGUCAAAUGGUGUUGGGCAAAGUUCAGUAUUACCAACAUCACCUUCAGGGGGAAGCACAGAUUCCUUAGGUGCAAGUAGAUCAACUCCUUCAGUUUCUGGAGUAAAUACCACUAACUUUGCUUCGCGUAGUGGUUAUACAUCUCAACAACUGUCUUGCUUGUUGAUCCAAGCUUGUGGCCUCCUUUUGGCUCAGCUUCCUUCUGAUUUUCAUGUGCAACUUUACUCGGAGACGACACGUAUAAUAAAAGAGAACUGGUGGCUUACAGAUAUGAAAAGGUCGCUUGCGGAAAUAGACUCUGCUGUUGGCUAUGCUUUGUUAGAUCCGACGUGGGCUGCACAGGACAAUACCUCAACAGCCAUAGGAAAUGUGGUUGCCUUGCUUCAUUCUUUCUUCAGUAACCUCCCUCAAGAUUGGCUUGAAGGGAGUAAUGUUAUCAUCAAGCAGCUUCGGCCAGUAACAUCAGUGGCAAUGUUGAGGAUAGCAUUCCGUAUAAUGGGCCCUCUCCUUCCAAAACUUGCCAAUGCUCAUGCACUUUUCAACAAGACCCUGUCUAUGCUAUUAAGUAUAUUAGUGGAUGUAUUUGGAAAGAACUCCCAGACAUCAAUUGCUGUUGAUGCAUCAGAGAUAGCAGACAUCACUGACUUCCUUCAUCAUAUCAUUCACUAUGAAGGGCAGGGAGGGCCUGUGCAGGCUAGCAGCAAACCUCGACCAGAUGUUUUGGCACUCAUUGGUAGGGCGGCGGAGAGUUUACGUCCAGACAUUCAACAUCUGCUCUCACACUUGAAUACUGAUGUGAAUUCUUCAGUUUACGCGGCUUCUCAUCCGAAGUUAGUCCCAAAUCCAACUUAGGUGCAUCAGUAUACUACUAACAUAGCACAUGGAAAAUUCUCAGUCUUCCAGAAGUAUAUCUAACUUUGGGUUAGAAUAGAGAGAAAAGUUGAAGAAAAUUGUCAAAUACUCAAAUUAGAAAUAGUUGUGACUAGCUAUUUAUAGGAGUAAUGAAAAUGAAUUUUUAGAAUUAAAAAAUGGUAAAGAGAAACAAAAUAUAUUGUGGAUUCGUGUGUCACAGGUGCAUCACAGAAUCUAGAUAAGUCAUGAGCUGUAUAUAUAAAUUGUAAUCGUAAUAUUAUACAUUUCUCCCCAACUUUGUAUCAGAAAAACAUAUAUAUGUAUUCAAUAUCAGUCCAGCUUCAGCAUUUCAACGAU